AUGACCACGCUAGCCGGAGCUGUGCCCAGGAUGAUGCGGCCAGGCCCGGGGCAGAACUACCCGCGCAGCGGCUUCCCUCUGGAAGUGUCUACUCCCCUCGGCCAGGGCCGUGUCAACCAGCUUGGUGGCGUGUUUAUCAACGGCAGGCCGCUACCCAACCACAUCCGACACAAGAUUGUGGAGAUGGCCCACCACGGAAUCCGGCCCUGUGUCAUCUCCCGCCAGUUGCGUGUGUCCCACGGCUGCGUCUCUAAGAUCCUGUGCAGGUACCAGGAGACUGGGUCCAUCCGUCCUGGGGCCAUUGGCGGCAGCAAGCCCAAGCAGGUGACAACGCCUGACGUGGAGAAGAAAAUUGAGGAAUACAAAAGAGAGAACCCGGGCAUGUUCAGCUGGGAAAUUCGAGACAAAUUACUUAAGGACGCUGUCUGUGAUCGAAACACUGUGCCCUCAGUGAGUUCCAUCAGCCGCAUCCUGAGGAGUAAAUUCGGGAAAGGCGAAGAAGAGGAGGCUGACCUGGAUAGGAAGGAGGCCGAGGAGAGCGAGAAGAAGGCGAAACACAGCAUCGAUGGCAUCCUGAGCGAGCGAGCCUCAGCACCCCAGUCAGAUGAAGGCUCCGACAUUGACUCUGAACCAGAUUUGCCAUUAAAGAGAAAACAGCGCAGGAGCCGAACGACUUUUACAGCAGAACAGCUUGAAGAACUGGAACGAGCUUUUGAGAGAACCCACUACCCUGAUAUUUAUACCAGGGAGGAACUGGCACAGAGAGCAAAGCUCACCGAGGCUCGAGUUCAGGUUUGGUUUAGCAACCGCCGUGCGAGAUGGAGGAAGCAAGCUGGGGCCAAUCAGCUGAUGGCUUUCAACCACCUCAUUCCGGGGGGGUUCCCUCCCACUGCCAUGCCGACCCUGCCGACAUACCAGCUGUCAGAGACGUCUUACCAGCCCACAGCUAUUCCGCAAGCGGUGUCGGAUCCCAGCAGCACCGUUCACAGACCUCAGCCGCUUCCUCCGAGCACCGUACACCAAAGCACUAUUCCUUCGAACCCAGACAGCAGCUCUGCCUACUGCCUCCCCAGCACCCGGCAUGGAUUUUCCAGCUAUACAGACAGCUUUGUGCCUCCGUCUGGGCCCUCCAACCCCAUGAACCCCGCCAUUGGCAAUGGCCUUUCACCUCAGGUAAUGGGACUCCUGACCAACCACGGUGGCGUACCCCAUCAGCCCCAGACCGAUUAUGCUCUCUCCCCUCUCACCGGGGGCCUGGAACCUACCACCACGGUGUCGGCCAGCUGCAGUCAGAGACUAGACCAUAUGAAGAGCUUGGACAGUCUGCCAACAUCUCAGUCCUACUGUCCACCCACCUAUAGCACCACGGGCUACAGUAUGGACCCUGUCACAGGCUACCAAUAUGGGCAGUAUGGACAAAGUGCCUUUCAUUAUCUCAAGCCAGAUAUCGCAUAA